AUGUCUGAUCAAGACAUUCAUCCAAAUAAAUAUAGUGAAUUACAUAGUAUCUACAAAUGCUACAUUGAUUCAUAUAUUAUGUUGUAUCAGCUGAAAACUGAAAAAGAAGAAGAAUUAAACUCGAUUUACAAAAUGAUCAAAACAGUAUUGAUUGAUUCAAUGAAAUUUCUUCCACAGGAUAUAAUAAAAGAUAUUUUGGAUAUCAUUCCGUUUAAUAAUCGCUAUACAAAGUCAUAUUUAUCUCUUGCCAAACUCAUAUCUGAUGAAUAUCAUGUUAAAGAGGUCAAAAAAAUUCCGACUAUUUCCAACUACUUGUUCUAUAAAGAAUAUGGAAUUAAAUUAGACAAAUCUGAUGAUUUCAAAAUAAUUGAAUCAGAAAAUUUUGAUAUUUUUACAAAAAAUACAAUUUACAGAGCGAUUAUGUAUAAUGACAAAGAAAGUUUCAUCUUUCUCAUUGAAAGUGAAGGAUUUAAUGAAGAUCAAACACUCAAAAGCGAGAUGUAUCCAUUUCCUUAUAAAAAAGCAUAUUCAUUACUUGAAUUAUGUUGUUAUUAUGGAGCAGUUGAUUGCUUCAAGUUAUUAAGAACGAAAUGUAACUUAAAAAUAACUUAUCAAUGUCUAUUUCUUUCGUUUUUAGGAAGAAAUCCAGAAAUCAUGAAUGAAUGUUUGAAAUAUCAAGAACCAAAUCCAAUUUGUAUGAUGUGUGCAAUUAUUUCACAUAACAUUGAUUUUGUUACCUUCUUGGUGAAUGAGUACAAAAUAAUGAUCGAUUUAAAUCAAUGUAUAUUGUAUAAUAAUCUUGAAUCAUUUUUAGUUUAUUUCGAUCAAACUAAUGAUAUUAACCAAUGCUUUCUUUAUUCAAUAAAUUUUGACAUUCCAUCCCUUUGCGAAUAUUUCCUUUCACAUGGUGCAAAUAUAAAUUAUCUUCGCUAUGCAGCAGGCUGCAAUAGCAAAGAAACUAUCAAACUUCUUAUUUCACAUGGUUCAAAUAUCAAUGAAAAAGAUAAAGCUGGAAAAACUGCUCUACAUUAUGCAGCAGAAAGUAAUAGUAAAGAAUCAGCCGAAAUUCUUAUUUCAUAUGAUACAAAUAUCAAUGAUAGAGAUAAAUAUGGAAAACCGCUCUUCAUGUUGCAGCACAAAAUAAUAGUAAAGAAACAGCCGAACUUCUUAUUUCAUAUGGCGCAAAUAUCAAUGAAAAAGAUAAUAAUGGAGAAACCACUCUUCAUAUUGCAGCAAAAUAUAAUUUUAAAGAAACAGCCGAACUUCUUAUUUCAUAUGGCGCAAAUAUCAAUGAAAAAGAUAAUAAUGGAAAAACCGCUCUUCUUUAUGCAACAGGAAAAAAUUGGAAAGAAACUGUCGAACUUCUUAUUUCACAUGGUGCAAAUAUCAAUGAAAAAGAUAAUUAUGGAGAAAUUGCUCUUCACAUUGCAGCAGAAAGUAAUAGUAAAGAAUCAGCCGAAAUUCUUAUUUCAUAUGGUACAAAUAUCAAUGAUAGAGAUAAAUAUGGGGAAACCGCUCUUCAUGUUGCAGCACAAAAUAAUAGUAAAGAAACAGCCGAACUUCUUAUUUCAUAUGGCGCAAAUAUAA